CCCAUCAGCCCUCGCUCCAAACUCCCCGGAAGAAAACCUGCGCGUUAUUUUUCUGCUUCCUCUUUCCGUCAGCGGAGUUUAGUUUCAGGAUGGGACGUGUGAUCAGAGGGCAGAGAAAAGGUGCAGGUUCUGUGUUCAAAGCCCACGUGAAGCACAGGAAAGGAGCUGCCAAACUCCGGCAUGUCGACUUCGCGGAACGCCACGGCUACAUAAAGGGAAUAGUCAAGGAUAUCAUCCAUGACCCUGGCCGUGGCGCUCCCUUGGCCAAAGUGGUCUUCCGUGACCCUUACCGCUUCAAGAAGAGGACUGAGCUGUUCAUCGCUGCCGAGGGCAUCCACACCGGACAGUUCAUCUACUGCGGCAAGAAGGCUCAGCUGAAUAUCGGUAAUGUCCUGCCCGUGGGCACUAUGCCAGAGGGAACCAUCAUCUGCUGCCUGGAGGAGAAGCCCGGUGACAGGGGCAAGUUGGCCCGGGCUUCAGGAAACUACGCCACAGUCAUCUCCCACAACCCCGAGACCAAAAAGUCCAGAGUGAAACUGCCGUCAGGCUCCAAGAAGGUCAUCUCCUCCGCUAACAGAGCCGUUGUCGGCGUGGUUGCUGGAGGGGGUCGUAUUGACAAGCCCAUCCUGAAGGCUGGUCGUGCCUACCACAAGUACAAGGCCAAGAGGAACUGCUGGCCUCGCGUGCGUGGUGUGGCCAUGAACCCUGUGGAGCAUCCGUUUGGUGGCGGUAACCAUCAGCACAUCGGCAAACCCUCAACGAUUAGACGGGACGCACCUGCUGGUCGUAAAGUCGGUCUCAUCGCUGCCCGCCGUACAGGCCGGCUGCGUGGAACAAAGACCGUCCAGGAGAAGGAGAACUAAUAUGUUGGUAAUAAAAAUGUUUCAAAAC